CGGGAGGAGCCGGCUGACAGGCUCAGGGGGCAGGAAGGUGACAGCAAGUCGACCGGCGGCGGUACUAGUAGAAGCAAUAACAGGAAUUCUUUUAUUUGCGUAAAGUGGAGGAAGACCGCACAAGAAUUUGUUUUCCACUGACAAGUCACUACAAACAGUUUCUAACAAUAAUCUUGGUUUUUGGCACAUCCUGAUUCAAGUGACAAUGCCAGCUGCUCCAGUUCUACAACCUGUUCUUAAAAUGAAAGUUGAUGAACUCUUCCUGUGUUGGUUGAGCGAGACAACGACGCAGUCCAUGCUGAAAGAUUACCUGAAACGAAUACAGUCUGGUGAAACUAUUGAAGUCGGCAUUGGUGAUGCAUCAAAUGACCAACCUUCAACUGUAAGCAAUAACAACAAACAUUCCACCUCUGAAUUGAACAUAUUGAGUUACUCAACUUCCCCUUUAGUGAGUUGUAAAUUUUGUUCAAGUCCUCCAUCCCAGCUUACUUCGGCUCUCCCAUCUGGCACAGUUUUAAGUCCUAGAAAUGGAUUAAGUGCUCGAACAACGAGGAGAUCAUCGGGGAUUAAAGCUGUUCAAGCAAAGAAAGAGAACCCGUUGCCUCCAGCUCUGAGUGAGUGCAUUCCAAAGUUUUAUUUCCCUCACGGUUGUCCAAAAAGAAACCUUGACGUAGAUGCACUCAUCGCCAGGAUAGAAAAUGCCUAUACACAAUUUGAAAAUGAAAGAGCAACUCUGGAAGACAUGGCAAAAAUUGCAAAAGUGUGUGAUUGCCCACUGUAUUGGAAAGCACCAUUGUUUGGUGCAGCUGGUGGAGAAAGGACAGGAUACGUCUCUGUUCACAAGUUCAUCGCAAUGUGGAGAAAGAUCUUGCAAAACUGCCAUGAUGAUGCAUCUAAAUUCCUAUAUCUUCUGGCAAAGCCUGGAUGUAGUUACUUAGAGCAAGAGGACUUCAUACCAUUGAUACAGGAUGUGGUAAAUUCACACCCUGGUUUGACAUUUCUUCGAGAAGCAUCAGAAUUUCACACUCGAUAUAUUACUACAGUUAUUCAGAGGAUAUUUUACACAGUAAACAGAUCAUGGACAGGACGUAUAACAUGCACAGAAAUUAGAAAAAGCAGCCUUCUACAGAACCUAGCCUUGCUGGAAGAGGAAGAGGACAUUAAUCAGCUCACAGAAUUUUUCUCCUAUGAGCACUUUUAUGUGAUCUAUUGUAAAUUCUGGGAACUUGACACUGACCAUGACCUCUACAUUGAUCAGAAGGACCUGGCAAGGCACAAUGAUGAUGCUAUAUCUAGCAGAAUGAUAGAAAGAAUUUUCUCCGGAGCAGUCACAAGGCACAGAAAAUCUCCAAAUGAAAGGAAGAUCGGCUAUGCCGACUUUGUCUGGUUUUUGAUUUCCGAAGAAGACAAAAAGACAUCAACCAGCAUUGAGUACUGGUUCCGCUGUAUGGACCUUGAUGGAGAUGGUGUACUGUCAAUGUAUGAACUGAACUAUUUCUACGAGGACCAGUGUAAAAAGCUGGAGUGCAUGUCUAUUGAGCCACUGCCUUUUGAAGACUGCCUAUGUCAGUUGCUGGAUCUAGUUAAGCCAGAAUGUGAAGGAAAAAUAACACUUCAUGACUUAAAGAAGUGCAAGAUGGCAAAUGUAUUUUUUGACACCCUUUUUAACAUCGGCAAGUAUCUGGAACAUGAGCAGAAGGAUCCAUUUUCUAUCCCAAGGGAUGUGGAGAAUGACGGGCCAGAAAUGACUGACUGGGAGAGGUAUGCUUUACAAGAAUAUGAAAAUCUGGUGGCUGAAGAAGCAGCGAAUGAAAACUGGAAUGAUGGGGAUUCUGAGCUGUCAGACUACUAAAAGAUACGACUAAACAAAAAAGUUUUAAGAUCUUUCUGAAAUGUGAUUUGAGCCUGAAUAUCAGCAACUAAGAAAGAUGUUGGGAAACCGCAAGGAGAAGACAGUGAAGUGUCUCUUGAUGUGUGUGGGAUUUUUUUUUAAAUUGAAGAAUAUGAUGUUUUGUCAGAAUGUCUUCUUAGUUGCCACAUGUACUUGUCACACUCUGCAGCUGGUCUGCUUUAGAGAAUGUUUAAAAACAAGCAACAUAAAAGGGAAAAAUUAGAACUGUGCAACUUCACGCCUCUCCUCUGCCAUCAGUUAAAACUUAUUUUUUAAAAAAGUCAACACAAAUUUAAAAAUAAAUUUUAGAGUUGGAAGAGUCAAACUCUUCACUUAUCCCAAUUGUAAGUUUGAAGAAUGGAUAUUUGCAAAGGCACUUACAUUAAUAUUUGAAAGAUAGUGGGGUAAAGAACCCUUCCUUACCUUUUCUUCAGAAGUGCAGAGUAUAUUCACUGUGCAUUUGAACAUCGAAAACACAACUUGAUUAUCUCUGGAGCAAACAAUGUCUGGGCAAAUUUCCUCUGUUCUAAACAGUGUCUUUUUUUAAGAAAGGAAGUGUUCUGCAUGCUGGGCAGCCCUUUGGACAUUAAAGAAGUGUUUAAAAAUAGUAAUGAAAGCAAUGUCUACAAUAUCUACAGUAUUACCAUUUUAAAGAAACUGAAAUGGUUCUUGUGACUGUUGCUUGCUAGACGUGGUGGACAGAUGUAUCGCACUUAGAUCAUUCCAGAGCACAGAUUUUUGCCUAUUUUUUGACUAAGUUACUUUUGCAGUUGAAGCAGCUGAAAACUUCCUUUGUUUGAAGAAAGGCAGAAAUCUGAACCCCACAAAAGCUUGCAACAUAGUAGCCACAUGCACCUCCACUGUCUAACUUAUAGUCAUGAAUAUGAAUCAGUUGUCACUACAUUCCAGUUUACAGAAAUAAAUCACACUCUUAACAUACCAACCCAGUUUGAAUAUUUCCAUCCCACAGUUGCCCAGUGAUGACUCUCCACUGACCUUAAGAAUUAAAUGUGCCUUAUUUUUUAACGGGUAAGAUUUUUACACAAAAUAUUUGAUAAAUGAAAUUUUGCUGUAGCAAACUUGUAUGUUAUGAGAAUAUGUUGUACAUAUUUGAUAAGUUUGUGUAUAAUUUCUUGAUUUGUAGAGUUUUGCAGUGUAUAUUUGUGUUGUGGAACUAAAUCCUAUUCUUCA